AUGCCCUCCCAGGACGACGUAGACGCUGUCGCAGCCGCCAACCCCGACCAGACGCGGGUGGUCGAGUCCAAGAGAGGCAUGCCCUACCUGCAGGGCCUCUUGACUCUCGACUAUUCGCUGAAGCGCGCAAAAACAAAGUACCCGCUGGUUGUGCUGUACACCGACGAGUUCCCGCCCUAUGGCCACCGCGCGCUGGAUGCCCGCAACAUCCCCAAGAAGCGCGUGCCGUACCUGAUGCCAGAGUCGCACAAGGACUACAGCAAUGACCCGCGCUUCUACGACUGCUGGAGCAAGCUCACGCCCUUCAGCCUGGUCGAGUACGACCGCGUCGUGCAGCUGGACGCCGACAUGCUGGUGCUGAAGAACAUGGACGAGCUGAUGGAGCUGGAGCUGGACCCCCCGGAGCUCAAGGGCGAGGGCCAGCGCGUCUUCGCCGCCAGCCACGCCUGCGUGUGCAAUCCGCUGAAGAAGUCGCACUAUCCCGCCGACUGGGUCCCCGCCAACUGCGCCUUCACCACCCAGCACGCGGCGCCAGACGCGGCGCAGACCGAGGGCGCGCCGUCGACCGCCGGGCUGGCCAUGCCGAACGGCGGGCUCCAGGUCGUGAACCCGUCGGCGGCCGUUUACGGCACCAUCCUGCGGGCGCUGCAGUCGUCCAACACGGACUCGUACGAGUUUGCCGAUCAGUCGCUGCUUUCUGACAUUUUCGGCGGGCGAUGGGUGACCAUCCCGUACAUCUAUAAUGCGCUCAAGACGAUGCGCUGGAAGGACGUCCACGACGCCAUCUGGCGCGACGACCAGGUGAAGAACGUGCACUUCAUCCUGAGCCCCAAGCCGUGGCAGGAGACCAAGGACAUGCGCAUCAAGCGCAACUUCCAGACCGAGGCGAACGACUGGUGGUGGGAGAUUAAUGACGAGCGCAACCGGGUGGAGAAGGAGGGCGGGCUCGACGACAAGUGGUGA